AUGGCUACCAAAAGGCUUGUUGUCGCCGGCGGGAGUGGCUUCUUAGGUUCCAGGAUCUGCAAAUCAGCUGCAGCGCGGGGCUGGUCGGUAAUCUCGUUGAGCCGGUCCGGCGAACCGCGGUGGGACACGGUCACUGAUUCCUCGACACGGCCAAGCUGGGCGAGCUCAGUCGAAUGGGCCAAAGCUGACAUUCUAAAGCCGGAAAGUUACAAGCCUUUUUUGAGUGGUGCUACUGCGGUUGUUCACUCCAUGGGAAUCCUCCUAGAGGCCGACUACAAGGGUGUUGUACAGGGAAGAGAACCCAUUAUUGGGGGACUUCAGCGGGCUUUCAGCUCGUUAAAGCUUGGCAGCCAAGAUCUACAAACACGAAAAGAGGGCGAGGCCCUUCAGCCCAAGGAACAUGAUGGCCAAUUGACUUAUGAACUUAUGAAUAGAGAUUCAGCUAUCGCAUUAGCCCAAGAAUCCUCGACCGAACAUGUUCCAGCAUUUGUAUACAUCUCCGCUGCGGCCGGCGCACCUGUCCUUCCUGCCCGAUACAUCACCACCAAGAGAGAAGCCGAAGACACGAUCGCCUCCACUCUUCCGGAAUUGCGAAGUAUCUUCAUUCGCCCUAGUUUCAUUUUCGAUUCAAGCCGAAAAUUCACAUUGCCCAUCGCCCUGGGCGGUUUUCUCACUUCGGAGGUCAAUACUUUCCUGGGAAACAAGCUUGGGUUCCUUGGUUCCAUGGCUGAGAAGCCGCUGAAAGUCGAUACCGUGGGCGAGGCCGUAGUCGAGGCUUUGGAGGACGAGUCAACAAGAGGAGCAGUAGGACCCAAGCAAAUUGAGGCUUUGGCCACAAAGGCCUGGAGGAAAGCAAUGCUGUGA